CAAGAACCGCGCUCAGCCUGGGGUUUGGAGACGGACUCCUACGGGAGGCAGCCCGGGAACUGAGAUUUUCAGGCCGACCGUGGGCUAGCCAGUCAAAUAAAAGGAAGAGAAAAGAGCAUUCCAGGCAUUGGUACCGUCACAGCUUACAGAUCUGACAAGAUCAAAACUGCAGGACAAUGGACAGUGAGGUACAGAGAGAUGGAAGGAUCUUGGACUUGAUUGAUGAUGCUUGGCGAGAAGACAAGCUGCCUUAUGAGGAUGUUGCAAUACCACUGAAUGAGCUUCCUGAACCUGAACAAGACAACGGGGGCACCACAGAAUCUGUCAAAGAACAAGAAAUGAAGUGGACAGACCUAGCCUUACAGUACCUUCAUGAGAACGUUCCCCCAAUUGGAAACUGACACUUGGCUCCUUUCUUAUAAAAAAUACAUAGCUACAAAGUGUUUUCUUUCAGUCUCUUAAUUGAAAUCUUUGAGUAAUAAAUCAACACUCAAAAAUGUACACCUACUUAGUGUGUGGCAGCAAAGUUCAAUGGAAAAAUAUACAGCAGAAUAAGAAACUGAGAUUUCUCAGAAAUACAGAAUAUUUGACUCUUUAA